GCCGCCGAAUGCUACGCCCAACAGGGGCAGGUUGCCGAGCACGCUCUGCACAGCCCGAGUAGCACAUUCCUACAGGGAGCAAUUUCAUCCCCUGCACGGCUGCCCAGGGCCUCGCUGCAGCGCCGGGGGAGCCCGGCCGGCCGGCAGGUGUCAGCAGCGCCCCGCCGCAGCGGGGCUGGGCUAGUUUCACUCCGUGCUCACGGCUCCCUGCGCGCCGGCCAGAGGCGCGGGGGCCUGGAGCGAGCGGGCCGGAGCGACCGCAGGGAGCCCGCCCAGCCACCCGCGGCCCGGGGAGCGGGGCGAUGGCAGCAGCAGGCGGCAGCACGAAGCUGGUGGAAAUGUUCUACGACGUGGUGUCCCCGUACUCCUGGCUCGGGUUCGAGGUGCUUUGUCGGUACCGGCACAACUGGAGCAUUGAGUUGCGUUUUCGUCCUGCUUUCCUUGGAGGCAUAAUGAAGGAGACUGGUAACCAGCCCCCAGCGAUGGUGCCCAAACGUGCGGAAUACUUGAUGAAGGAUAUAAAGAGGAUGGCAAAAUAUUACCAGGUCCCAGUGCAGAUGCCCAAGGAUUUCUUUGGGAGUGUUAUCAGAAAAAGCAGUCUUUCUGCAAUGCGCUUUAUCACAGCCGUGGAUAUGACACAGCCACAGUUCCUGGAGCCUGUGUCCAGAGAGCUCUGGAUGCGCAUCUGGUCCCGGGAUGAAGAUAUCACCCAACCAGAGAGUAUAUUGGCAGCUGCUGGGGAGGCUGGGCUACCCUCAGCGCUGGCCCAGAAGCUACUGGCAAUGACCUCGACCCCUGAGGUGAAGAAUCGUCUGAAGGAGACAACAGAGGAGGCACUGAAAUAUGGGGCGUUUGGAAUGCCAGCAGUUGUGGCCCAUGUUAACGGUGAAGCUCACCUCUUCUUUGGCUCUGAUCGUUUAGAGCUUCUGGGCAAUGUUAUAGAUCACUGAUCAAAAUAUUAAAUCGCAUUAGACUAAGAACUGAUCCCUGAAGGAGUCCGGUGAAGGCACCCCAAGUACUUAAGUCUCAGUUAGUAACUACAUGUUGAAACCUGUCAGUUAUCCAGCUUUUAACCUAUUGAGCCGUAUUGAUUUUGAAUAGCACUCAUGUUUGAAUCAGAAUAUUGGGCGGUAUUAAUUCAAAUGUCUGUCUUAAAUCCACAUCUCCACAGAGUUACCUUUAUCUACCAGACUUGAAAUCUUUUCAAAGAAUUAUAUAAAAUUUGUUUGACAGGACUCUCCAUUAUUUUUGUCUGGGCUUUGUUAGGCUGAGUAGCCCUUAAUUAUCCAGGUCAUCCUAUUUACCCUUUUUAAGUAUCGGUCUGACAGUGGCUUACUUCCACUUUUAUCCCUUUCUAGUUUUCCUAGGGUUCUUAAAAAUUAACGUCAGUGGACCAAAGAGCACCUUGAUAAGCUCUUAUAAAACUCUUGGUUGCAAAUCAUCUAGAUCAGCUGAUUUUACAAUGUUUAACAUUAGUAGAAGUUGUGUAACAUCUUCCUUAGUUACCACUGUAAAAGAAGGUUUGCUUGUCCGAUUAACUCCACUUCAAUGGCAAAUGCUCCUUUUCCCCAGGCCAGCCCCCUCCCCAGCGAUGAGGUUACAUGUUGAGCUCUCUCUCUGCUGACAGAAUGUCUGGAGACUGACAACCAGAUGCUCAGCUGCUGUAAAUGGUGCAGCUACACACUAUGGGGUAAAUCCUCAGCUAAAGAUCCAGCCUUUUAUUAAAAAUAAAUAAGUAAAUAAAUUGAAGCCUUCCCAGUCACCUGAUGUCCUGUUUUAAGACUGUCGGAAUCUCAGAGGUGCCAUUCUCACACUACUGUAGCUGGUUAAUGCGGAAUUUUGAAAACUAAUUGUAGGUGCUGGACAGUAAAUUGCAACUAGCUAAGUCAAGCAAAGUUUAUUUUUGGUAUGAAGUGGCAAAAAAAAAAUUGAGCUCAGGUGAGACCCUAUAUUUCUUGGGUGUAAUAGCUGUCCAACUCAUUUCAAAUCUGACAGAAAAAUAUACCUCAAUCCUAGACCUACCCUAGUAAAGGGAAAUCAACAACUUAAAACUUGUUUAUGGAUUUUUAGCAAGGAGAACAAAUUCAGGAUUACAAUGUGGAGACCUGCUACCAGGACUUCAUAAUCCUACUAUAACUAAGAUGAGAGGGGUUCUGAUUAUAUUUCCAUAGCAGACAGUCCAGCUGGAUGUGUAUUCUGCUUAGCUUAUAGUUCUGUGAUUAUUUUUUUUAAAUUUUUGUUCUAAAAUAACUUUGAUUUUAAAUAAGAACUGGAAUAGGUUGUUGUGACUGUUUAAAAACAGCAUUACCCACUGUUGAAUGAACCAGAAAAAAGGAAACUGAAUUUCAGCCUCUGAUUUGGCAGUGUUUGGGGAGUGGCGUGUCAGUCAUGGGAAAUGAGUUUAUGAUCCCUUUUUAACCUAGCCCUAUAAGGAACCUGGCUAAGGGAUGCCAGGCUUGAUUACAGGUUCCAUAGCUCAUCCUUAACCCCCAGAUCUGUGGGCAGAUUUUAAAAUUCAAGCUAAUCUUUGGUGCUGGGCAGUACAUCUCAGCUAGCAGGGUCCAGUAGUCUAGAUGUGAAAAGCUCUGUGUCCCAUUAAUUACGUUCCCAUUUCAGCACAAUUACCCAUUCCAUGAGGAGGAAGGAGAGCCUCACCCUGCAACCCACCCCCAGUAUCAGGAUUUAAUUUGUUAGCUUUU